UAGAAAUUGUUAUGCUUGUCAAACUAUAACAUGUCAUUUUUUGUUGUUUUGUUACUCAAUUUUUAAUGAAAAUAAAAAUUUUAUCAUUGUCAUGGAUUGGAGGAUCGAAGAUUUAGAACAAUCAAGUGUUGACAGUUUUCUGGAGAAAGGAAAAACUCUUGUUAAUGCUGAAAGUUAUAUUAAUUUGAUCGAUUUUCAAAAUAGCGAAACUAAUUUUGGAGAUAAUAAGGAAUCAAAAAGUAUCUCGUCCGCUUUUGAAAAUUUGAAUGUUGAAACUGGAAUCGAUCAGCAAACUGAUAGAACUUUAGUUUUUACAAAAGAUGCUGCAACUUCAUCUACCGAGUAUAAUUUUAGAAGUAAAUUACCUACUUGUGGUUGUGAAACUUAUGAAAAACCAAAUUUUCAAUUAAUUACACAAGAGCCAGAAAUUUUGAAUUAUCAGGGUAAGAUGCAUUCAUCGGAUGAUGUGGCUCCUUACUGGAAAAAAGAUUCACGAAUGUGGCUAUGGAAAUCUGUUCGAUACGCUCGUAAGAAAAAUAAAAUAAAAUCGUCAGUAACCAGGUUUUCGCCAAAUAAUCAUCAAGAUAAUUUAAAAUAACAUAAAAAAUCUUCUCCAAAAUAUUCAUUGAUCUAUUUCAAAUAACUACAUUUUACUGCAAAAUUUGGCAAAAAUGAAAUUUUAUCUAUUUACACUUUUUUUAAAAUUUAUUUUCGCGAUAUAUACCAUUUUAUUAAAAAAUUUUAAGUAAUUUUAUUAUUAUUAGAAGUAUAGAGAAAAUUUUCAGUUUUUUAAUUCAAAUUUUUUUUAUAUCAAAUAAUUUUCUUUAUGUAAUAAUUUAUAAAUUUUUUUUUCAUUAGUAAAUUAAAAAUAAAAAACGAUUUUUCUAA